AUGAGUGAGAAGAAGCACGCAAAGCACAUCUCCUUUGACCAGGAGGCGCACUCAAGCGCGAGUGAUGAGGACCAAAAGGCGGUCGAGGUAAUCCCUAUCGUCGGAAGAGUUCACUUGUUACCACCGAAGCACCUGUCCCGAAACUCCAUAAUGAUCGAAGGUGUCGAGGCCGUAGCCGAGGACCAGGACCAAGUUGUCGAGCCCAAAGGUUCAACGAACAACAGCGACCAUCGAAAGAAGCUUGCCGUCCUCGAUGCCGCCGACAGUGAAGGGAGCGAUGUAGGCCAGGUAGACCAGAAGGAGUGGAGACAUAAGCUCGUGAAAUCGGGGUCAGAUAAGAACGGCGCCACCAUCGAUCAUGACGAGUUACACAGCCGCCUGCUGACCAAAAAACAACUGAGUGAGAUGGCUUGGGGUGUACGAGAGCUCAGCCGUCGGCUGGGAAGCAUGAGACUCAAGUUCAGAGUCAAAACGAUCUUCAUUCUUACCAAGAUUUAUGACCAAGACCUUAUUCCAAAGACACGCGAGCUUGUCAAGUGGUUGUUAGACAAAGAGAGGGACGUCAAGUACACCGUGUAUCUGGAGCGAGAUCUGAAAACCAAUAAGAAGUUCGACGCAGCAGGUCUGCUAGAGGAACUUCGCCAGGAUUAUGUUGCAGCAGGCGAAUUAGAGGAGGAAAACAGCCAAGAUCUUAAUAGGCGCAUGCGGUGGUGGGACGAAGGCAUGUGUCGCACGAGGCCACAUACGUUCGAUUUUGUGAUCACACUUGGUGGUGACGGCACGGUUCUUUACGCUAGCUGGCUCUUUCAGCGCAUUGUCCCUCCAGUUCUGAGCUUUGCGCUGGGCAGCCUUGGCUUCUUGACCAAGUUCGACUACGAAGGUUAUCAAGAAACGUUGACCAAAGCCUUUAAUGAGGGAGUGACCGUUAGUCUAAGACUGCGAUUUGAAGGGACAAUUAUGCGAAGCCAGCCGAAGAGGCAGGUCAGGAUCACUGAUGGUCAAUCAGGGGAGUCAGGAUCGGGCGAAGACGAUGAUGCAUUGAGUAAUGCGAAUCGUGAUCUCGUAGAGGAGCUCAUUGGUGAGGAAAAAGAGGACGAGCACACUCACAAGCCAGACGGCACGUAUGAGAUUCUGAACGAGAUUGUGGUGGAUCGCGGCCCAAAUCCAACUCUGUCCUACACCGAAAUCUUCGGCGACGAUGAGCACUUCACUUCUGUCUUGGCAGACGGCAUUUGCGUCUCAACACCAACAGGAUCAACGGCGUAUAACCUAGCCGCGGGCGGUUCUCUAUGCCAUCCAGAGAACCCCGUCAUGCUCGUCACCUCUAUUUGUGCUCAUACUCUUUCCUUCCGACCUAUCAUCCUCCCUGACACCAUCGUGCUGCGAGUCGGUGUACCUUACGAUGCCAGAACCAGCUCAUGGGCGAGCUUCGACGGGAGAGAGCGACUCGAGCUACGGCCUGGUGAUUAUGUGACCAUUAGUGCCAGCCGAUAUCCCUUUGCUUCGGUGCAGGCUCCCGGUCGACGAAGCGAGGACUGGGUGAAUAGUAUCAGCGGCAAGCUGGGCUGGAACACGCGACAAAAGCAGAAAGCUUACAAGAAGUGGGAGAAAUGA